AUGAGGGUGUUACAUUGGUUCCGAAAAGGUCUCCGUCUGCACGACAAUCCUGCUUUAUUAGCCACAAUUAAUCCUCCUAAAAAAGCGACUGAGGAAACCAUUGAAAUACUCCUCCUUUACGUCUUUGAUACUUCAGGCAAAGAAUAUGGACUAAGAGGUCAUCGCCAGGCGCAAUUUUUGCUUGAAAGUCUCAUCGAUUUGGAUCAAUCCCUCCAAAAGUUGGGAAAAAAUUUGCGACUACUAGUUGUGGAAGGCGAUCCAAUUAAGGAAGUGCCAGCAAUCUGUAAGAGUCUCGAUAUCAAGUACGUAACUUUUGAGACUGACAUUGAACCUUACUCAAUAGCACGCGAUAAUGAAGUGACAAAAGUGCUGGAGGAAGAAGGAGUGACUGUUUCUCGAAUACAUGGUCAUACAAUGUGGGAUCCCGAGUUUCUGAAAUCUCAUCAUCAUCCGCCACCAACUGCGACUAAAGAUUCGAACUCCAAAGAUCUGGGUGUUCCCAUGACAUAUAAAAGUUUUUGUGCCCUCGUAAGACGUGUCUCACCUCAGGGUCCACCGAAACCUCUUCCCUCAUUCAAAGAGUAUGCAAAGUCCUGCAUUGCUCCGAAUUUACCUGAACUCAAACUCGACAAGGUUCAUAUCGGUCCACCCAGUUCAUUGGAGCAGCUUAGAAUCAAAUUCGAUCCAAUUCCCGAAAUAGGUGAUCACGUGUCUGAUAAUGAAGGCGAAAAGUUUGAACUGAACUUUCCCGGUGGAGAAAUUGAGGGCCUCAAUCGUCUCCAACGCAUGGUGGCUCAAAGGGCGGAUUGGGUUUGCUCUUUCUCGAAGCCUGAAACUGCUCCAACUAGUUUGCCAAUCUCAACGACUGGACUGAGUCCAUACAUACGUUUUGGUUGUGUUUCAGCUCGUCAUGCAUGGUGGGUUAUUGCGGAGGCUAUGCGUCCGUCGUCGAAAGCUUCAAAGACAAAACCUCCAACACAGCCACCCGUCUCACUACAUGGGCAAUUACUUUGGCGCGAAUUCUUUAAUCUAGUGGCUUCUGUCACUCCAAGCUUUGAUCAAAUCGAGGGAAAUCCCAUCUGUCGUCCAAUAGAAUGGAACGUUGACGAGACUCUUCUCUCAGCAUGGCGCGAGGCUCGAACUGGUUUUCCAUUUAUCGACGCUGCUAUGAUUCAGUUACAUCGUCAUGGUUGGAUGCAUCAUCUUGCACGUCAUUCUGUUGCGUGCUUCCUGACCCGUGGUCAACUCUGGCAAUCCUGGACUGCGGGAGCAGAUGUCUUCUCUACCUUAUUACUUGACGCUGACUGGGUACUAAAUUCGGCCAAUUGGAUGUGGCUAUCAGCCAGUGCUUUCUUCCAUCAGUACUAUCGUGUCUAUUGUCCUGUGAGCUUUGGAAGGAAGACUGACCAAGAUGGAGAUUUCAUUCGGCAUUUUAUACCAGCUCUUCGCAAUAUGCCUUCGGAAUACAUCUACGAUCCAUGGACUGCACCGAUAUCCGUUCAGAAGAAAGCUGGGUGUCGAGAUAAAAGCCUGGAAACAACAAUUUUUAUUUACUGUGACACUCCUGGUCCUGGAUUUAGGGCCUGCCCAUCCCAUUCUGAGCGUAUUGACAAGUUGAUGCGGUUCUACUGUUAA